CCAGUUCAACCUUCUUUGAUCUCGUUAGCAAACCUCAUUCUCCGCAGCAUUCCUGGUGUCCCCCACGCUGAAGAAUCCUGCUGCGUCUCCCUCCCGUACGGCCGGCACGCUGCGGGCAGAUAGCAAGAAUGGCGUAAACGAGCUCCCAGCCGCGCGCUGUAUGGGCGAAGUCCCCAGGGAAAUGGGGCGCAUCUCUCGGGGGACUGCUGCGCGCGGCUGAUGGCGUCCCAAAAUGCGCCACCUGGUCACAUGACCGCGCGCCACCUCUGCCGCCCGCGCCCUCGACCGAUGCUGUCACCGAUGGUGUCAGCCCGGGCGCGCGUCGCCUUAUAUACGGCGGGCGCAGCGCAGACGCUCCCCACCUCACAACACACCUAUCCCUGUUUCUGACACCCAUCUCUCUCGCAACUUCACCCACACACACACAAUGGCCACGAACGUCCAGAAGGCUGUCGCCACCGAGAUCGCGGCUGCGGACGCGGCGAAGAUCGAGGCGCAGCGCCUCGUCGACCUCAACAAGGUCACCCCGGUGGACGCGAAGAAGCUCAUGUCGGAGGAGCACAAGGCGCUGGGCUACCGCCCGCCCGCGGGAUCUCUGGCCGCCGAAGCGCAAAGCAAGGCCUCCAAGGUCGACGCGAACGGCGCCGUGCUCGACGACGAGACGAUCCGCAAGGCCGCGCUGAGCGACGCCGCGCGCAUCCAGCUCGAGCGCGGGCAGCCCGUCCCCGAGCGCAGCAUCACCGGCGAGCUCGACUUCGACGCGCUCAGCGAGGCGGACGCGAAGAAGCUCAUGAGCGAGGAGCACAAGGCGCUCGGCUACCGCCCGCCGAGCGACUCGCUCGCGGCGAAGGCGCAGGCCGCUGCCGCGCGCCACCCGCAGGGCAACGGCACGACCGUCGACGCGCGCCUGCUCACUGAGGCUGCUGUCCGGGACGCGGCGCGCAUCAGCGCGGAACGUGGCACGAAGUCGAAGACUGCCUCCCCAGACCUCAGCAACCUGACGCCUGAGCAGGUCAAGCAGCUUGAGAGCCAGGAGCGCAAGAUUCUCGACUCGAACGCUGGUACCGCUUCCGCGGAGGCGCAGUCCAUCAAGGACAAGGCGGCGGCCCAGGCGGUCUGAGCCUUGUCAUCUUCUGGCCGUCGUCGCCUGGUCAUCUUCCGGCCGUCGUCGCCUUGUCGUCGUCGAGCUGUGCACACCCUCGCAGCACCUCGACCAUCCACCCGUCAUUCUGCAAGUUCAUUGACUAGAUGGCACCCUCAAUUCCUAUACCUGUAUAUCUUAUUCGCAAGCAUAUAAUCAGUGUAUUUUUAUCAUCUGAAAGCACUGGAUUCCUCGC